AUGAAGAAGAUGAUGGAACAAUGUGAGAUAGAUAGGAGUGAAUAUUUUCAUAUCGAGAGAGGCCAAGGAGAGAAAGAUGUGCAUGACCUCAAGAACGAAAUCACUGUAAUGGUGAACAAGAUUGAACUUCUUCAACUUCAUUGCCGAAAGCUUAUGGGGCAAGAUUUAGGUUCUUGUUCGGUGGAGGAGCUCAACGAAAUAACGAUCCAGAUUGAGAAAAGCCUUAUUCUUGUCAGAUCAAGAAAGGCUAAAGUACAUGAAGAUGAGGUAAAGAAACUAAAAGCGGAGAUUACAGGAGCGAGAGAGCUCUUGAACGAGAGAACUACGCUGCACGAAAUGUUUGAAGAAAAGUCCUUGUGGAUGCAGUCGCGGAGCCUAGAAAGUGAGAAGAAUGCAUGUUCCUCUGCUUGUGAAAACAUGAACAUAUCGGAAGUCGAAACUGAUUUGUCCAUCGGAUGGCCUAGAAGCCAAGUGUAG